GGACGGGGCGCACCGCGGCGGCGGCUCCUCGGCCUCUUCCUCCUCCUCCUCCUCCUCCUCCUCCUCGGCGCUCCUCGGGCGGGCGGAGGGUCGCACCGCACCGGCCGCCUUCGCCCAUGGGUUCGGCGCAGGGCGCAGGCCGGCCCGGCGCGGCUCAGCGGCGGCGGGGAGGGAGUAGCGAGUAGCGGCGCCGCCCGCCCGCUCGCUUCCCCCCCCCCCCCCCCCCCCCCCAAAUCUCCCCGUGCCGCUCGGCCGGUCCCUCCCGGCCGCGGCUCCGCACCCCGGGCAUGCGGCGGCGGCAGGACCCGCGGCGAGACUCCCCGCAGCGCGGCGGCUGGAUGCCCCGGGGGGCCGGGCGGCGCUGCCCCAGCGCGGGGGGGCUCUGACCGCCCGCCCGCCGCCCCCCUCGGCGGCGCCAUGCGGGGCGGGCGGUGCUGGCUGCUGCUGGCGGCGCUGGGCUGGCUGCUGCCGGCGGGGGCCGCGGCCAGCGGCGAGUACUGCCACGGCUGGCUGGACGGGCAGGGCGGCUGGCGGGACGGCUUCCAGUGCCCCGAGCGCUUCGACGGCGGCGACGCCACCAUCUGCUGCGGCAGCUGCGCCCUCCGCUACUGCUGCUCCAGCGCCGAGGCGCGUCUCGACCAGGGCGCCUGCGACAACGACCGGCGACAGGGCGGCGGAGAGCAGGGCCGCCCCGGCAAGGACGGCCCCGACGGCGCGGCAGUGCCCAUCUACGUGCCGUUCCUCAUCGUCGGAUCCGUAUUCGUCGCCUUCAUCAUCUUGGGGUCGCUGGUGGCGGCUUGCUGCUGCAGGUGCCUGCGACCCAAGCAGGAGCCCCAGCAGAGCCGAGCCCCCGGGGGCACCCGCCUGAUGGAGACGAUCCCCAUGAUCCCAAGUGCCAGCACCUCCCGGGGCUCCUCCUCCCGCCAGUCGAGCACUGCCGCCAGCUCCAGCUCCAGCGCCAACUCGGGGGCCAGAGCCCCCCCGACCAGGUCCCAGACCAACUGCUGUUUGCCAGAAGGGACCAUGAAUAACGUCUACGUCAACAUGCCGACGAACUUCUCGGUGCUGAACUGCCAGCAGGCCACCCAGAUCGUGCCGCACCAGGGGCAGUACCUGCACCCCCAGUACGUGGGCUACGCUGUGCAGCACGACUCGAUGCCGCUGACCCCGGUGCCCCCCUUCCUCGACGGUUUGCAGAGCGGCUACAGGCAGAUCCAGUCUCCCUACCCGCACCCCAACAGCGAACAGAAGAUGUACCCAGCUGUGACUGUGUAGCGCUGACGCCGUCCUCCCCCUCCCCACCCGGCUGAUUUUAAUAUCUAAACUGAACAGAGGAGAAAUACUUCCUUGGAACGAAGCUCCCAGAACAUCACUUGUAAAUAAUUUUGAAAGGCUCAUGCAUGUCAGACAGUGUUUAUAAACCAUUUAUUUUCAUCGGCGUCCGUUGCCAGAAACUGGAGGAUGAUAUCUCCGAAUUAACGUUGCCAGAUAUGCUUUCAUUCCAGUGCAUGAUUUACAGCGGCGAAGGAUUAUGCUGAAAAUGCAUAUGUAUUUCAGAUCACUGUACUUGCAAGAUAAAUGCCGGAGCCAUUAAGUGCCCUUCAGGUAUGACAUGGUCAGAAGUAUUUGCCUAAUUAAUUCGUAGAAAGAGUUUUGUUACACUGUACAAGGCCACAGUACUUAAGAAACCUCUUUUCUCCUCUCUCAGCUCCUUAAUGACACUUCCCGUUGCUUUACAGACAGUCACGACUGAGCGCCGAACAGCGCGAUCCCUGCGUGCUGGGUGCUGGUACCGGCCCCCCUGGUUUCUUACGCGCCCCCGGUUUGGGGUGAAAUGCCACAGAAGGCUUAGUCUUGCAAAGACCGAUUUUCCUUGUCCCUGGUAUUUAUGUAGGAAUUAGAAGAGUGUGAAUUACUCGGCUCUUCCUUCCGGUGCACUUGAAACCCUUCUUGAUUUGGUUUUGCUUCAAGAUCAGGACCCGGUAGUGGUUUGCACAGACUUCAUAUCUUUGUGAACUUUUUACUAAAAAGAGGGUACGAGGUGCUUGCUCGUCCUGACGCUCAGCAAGGCUUUUGGUACAGCUCGCAGCGUCUGAGCUGGACCUGCCUUUGCAGAGAAAGGUCGUACUGUGACUCCCCCCACGCCCGAUUUAACCUCACUCCCCAUGAAACAGUAAACCCGUGUGAAUGCGCACGAAGUUGUCAGCCCCGAACACGGCUUAUGAUCGAGUCUGACCGUAGGAGAACGGGCUCUGUCCCCGGCCACCCCGCGCCGAGGCCCCAGCCCUGCUCCGGGGUGGGGGGUGUCACCCAAACCCGCCCCGACCUGGGCGUGGGGGGGCUGGGGGAGGUUUGGAACCCAUCCCCUUUUCUUCCUUACCCGUGGGGCAGGGGUUGAGGAAGGCACAGCUGUAUUUAAAAAUAAGGAAAAAAGCCCAACCAAAGGAUGAAAGUGCUUGUGGCUGCCCUUGGUGCCACGGGCGUCAGGGAGGUGGCACGAUGCGGGGGGACGGACACUUUGCACUGGAGCUGCUGGCUCCAUCUUGCUUUGCUUCAUCUGGGGAAAAAUUCCUCGCCAGGUUGAAGGGGCAACAGUGUGCUGGGAAUAAUCAGACCAUGCUAAUUGUAAUACGUCACCCCGGAAUGCAAUGAACUACUUAAGGCUGGUUUUGUCUCUUAAAAAAAUGCGGUCCCUCCAUUGCCAUCCAUUUGUUCUUCAGCCCAAACGCCACAACAGAGGACUGAGGGCAUAAACCAAAACGGGGCAAUUACUGCAACCAGACCAGAGCUGAUAAAAGGUUUCUUAUUGUCUGAUACUGUAUCAGUAUGUAGCAAUAACUGUGAUACUACUAUUUUUUUGUAUGUCUGUUUUUAAAUUACACGUCGGUUCAGAAGCGUUGCCAAAUCCGGCGGGUUUACCCGUAAACAUGCCACACGCAGGCAGUCCGCGGCGGGCAGAAAUGAUCUUGACCACUGGCACAGAAAAAUGAAUAGGUGAUUUAUCCCAGAUCUGCUGUUCCUGGCUGCGCUCGCCCGGCCAGCGGGCGGGCAGUUUGGCUGGAGCCCCGGCUCCCCCUCCGGCCGGCGGGGGGGGCUGGAAAGGCGGGAGGUGCACCCGAGCUGGGUGCUGCCGGGCUUUCGAAGGCUCCGACGUGCCCUCGGGUCCCGUGGGCAUUUGGGUUGUUGCUGCCCGGCCACGCUGACUUUGCAGAGCCGGGCUGGCGUGGGGCUCGGGGGGCCCGGCCGCCUCCAGCCGCGGGUGGCUUUGGCAGGAGCUGGAGGCGCUUGGUCCCCGGCGAGACCCGGCCUGUCACGGCGUGGCCGGGCAACAAGCCCGUCCGUGUGGUUGUGAUCUUUCCCAACUGUGAACCAAGUCAUCCCACCCCCCACCCCCCCCGCCCCUGGCCGGCGUGCACUGCCUGCCUUGCACAUGCCCUGGCAAGGACACCUCCUCUGACCUAUGAAAUUCAGGUGAAUCUCUUUGUAUAUUGUUUACUUGUUUAAAAAAAAAAAAAAAAAAAGACUAAGUUAAAUUUAAGUCUGUAGAAAUUAAUUUACAACGGAAGGCAGAGAAACCUGAGUUGUAAUAAAAGGAAGUUUGUGAGAUGUGGUGGUUUUUUUUGUUUUUGUUUUUUUUUUUUAAUAAUAAUGUCAUGUACAAUAAUGUAAAACCAAUGUUACCAUUUGAUAUAGCUUUUGAAUCUCUGAAAGGGCACUUGCUUUAAAGUGUUUCUUACAAAUGAAGAAAAAAAGCCCCCUUUGUUUCUUAAUAAAUACUUUAUGGUGUGA